AUGACUCAGACGAAGUUCGAUACGUACGCAACUGACGCGCUGACUGCCGCACGUCUCGAAUAUGCCAAGCGGAACCCGGAGUCAAAAAACCUUCAUGCUGAAGGGGCAACCUACAUGCCCGGCGGAAACACUCGCACAAUUCUACACGUGCUGCCAUUCCCGAUUACUUUUGCUUCCGGUGAUGGAGCGAGCCUGACCUCGGUAGACGGGGACAGAUACCUGGACUUCCUCGGAGAGUACAGUGCAGGCAUCUUCGGUCACUCAAACAAAGUUAUCAAAGACACUGUUGCGGCAGCCAUGUCAAAAGGCUGGAAUUUUGGCGGGCCGUGCACAUAUGAGAAAGUUUUGGCAAAGAAAGUCGUCGAGAGAUUCUAUGAGAGCGGAUUGGAGAUGGUUCGAUUCACGAACUCCGGAACUGAAUCAAACACCAUGGCAAUUGCAGCUGCUCUGAACUUUACAGGAAGAAAAAAGAUUCUUGUUUUCACUGGAGGCUAUCAUGGAGGCACUCUAAUCUUUCCUCCUGAGUACAUUCAACAGCCGAAUGUACCAAGCUCCAACCUACCACACGAUUUCGUCUUCGCACCAUACAACAAUAUCAAUGAAACACAAAAGGAUCUGGGGGGGUGCCGACCGGCCUCUCCUGAAUUCCUUCACUUCUUGCGCAGACAAACAACAAGACUCGGGGCUUUGCUCAUUAUUGAUGAAGUGAUGGCAUCUCGCUUGGGACCUCAUGGUUAUUGUGCUACUAUAGGCAUCAGGCCUGAUCUGAUCACCCUUGGGAAAUACAUCGGCGGAGGUAUGACCUUUGGCGCAUUUGGAGGGCGCAAAAAUAUUAUGGCUCUUUUUGAUCCCAGCAUAUCAUGUCUCCAGCACCCCGGGACCUACAACAACAACAUUGUCACAAUGGCUGCUGGUAUCUCGGGUCUUGAUAUCUAUGAUGCAGCGGCAGUAUUAGCUCUCAACGCACGUGGUCGCGAUAUGAAAAUCAAGCUCCAGGGGAUUCUAAUUCGUGCUGGAUUAUAUCCCGAGCACCCGGCCGGUGCAUCUCGAGACAUUCUAGAGAUUGACAGUCUUAGAGGGCCCACCACAGUACUUGAUGAAAAUGGAAGCUCCGGGACACAAAAGCCUUUGCCAAAUAUGUUUGUCUCCGGUGAAGGUAGUAUGUUGAAUAUCCGCUUUUCUGGGGUCAAUCGUGCUUCAUGGCAAGGUUUAUUUUACCACCACAUGCUUCAGCGAAAUAUUUAUCUGGCUGCUCGGGGCUACACUCCACUGCAUCUGGCUCUUACUGACCGCGAUAUUGACCAAUAUGUGACUGCCGUUGACGAGUUUGUGCAGGUGCAUCGGGAGGCACUAUUAUCCCAUUAA